AUGGAUCCAAUGGAUAACCCCACGGAUGAUAAAACCCCAGAGAAAAAUAAAUCUUCCAGCUGCGUUUGCUGCGAUCGUCCGGAGACAAGUGACGAUUGCGUUCAAUGCGAUCAAUGCGAUGGAUGGUGGCAUAUGUCAUGUGCGGAAGUGACUGCAUCGGUUGCUGAUCGGCCGUGGACCUGCGCCCACUGUUUGCCGCUGAGUGUUUGCUCCCGAACAACGGUAUCCAGCGCUAAGGCAGCACGUUUGUCGUUGAAAAUGAAGCUGUUGGAAGAGCAACAAGCGAUGGAGAAACGUCAUCUCGUCGAGAAGUAUGCAAUCCUGGAAGCGGAGCAGAACGAAAUGGAUGAGAUGGCUAGCAACCGAAGCAGGGUCAGCAGAAGGACGAGUCUAGAAAGGGUAAAGCAGUGGAAGCAGCAAUGCACUGAUCAGGGUGAAGGCGCAUAUGGUCUUCCGCCGGUGGGUAAAUCGGCAGACUUUACAGCAGCCUCUCUGAAUCAGAACUCACGCAUCCCGAAGGACUCGGAGCGAAGCAAUUCGUACCAGCACGCUACAGCUAACAUCAAUAUGCCUACUUCGGAAAAACCGGCUACAGAUACAACAGUGCAGCAAGGAAGACAACACCAUGGGUUCAGUUUCUACAAACCACCGUUGAAUUCAACAGUAAAACCAUUCAACCUUCAGAGUCUUUCUAAGCGGGAACAGCAGCAAUACACCGGCGCGUUCCCCAAAUCAACUUUGGUACAACAUGAGGUAGUCAACACAAGAGGUAAUGUCGAACCCCAAGUGCCCCCCGUAGCACGUGAAGGUAAGCCACUUUGUGAUCCAAUUAUUAAUCCACCUGUACCAUCAAAAUUCGAACACUCCCUCCAACAAAUUAUCAAACAAUUUGGAACGAUGGCAUCAACGGCCACGAUUCCGUCGUUGGGAGCGAAUGUGUUUCCAAUCGAAACAAAACCCGUUCCAUUGUCCGGAACGAAUGUUGGCUUACCGCCACCGGCAAAUCCAAUUAUUCAUGGAUUCGUUCCCCCACCCGCGGGUACGCCGAUUUCUGGCCCGUCGCUAAUAAACCCGGUGCUAUCUAUCGGAACAGUUCCCCCUCCGCUGGGACUACCGAUUAUUGAUCAAUUUACUCCCUCCCCCUCGCAGUUAUCCGCGCGUCAAGUGAUGCCCCGCGAUCUACCUACGUUUUCGGGCAACCCAGCUGACUGGCCAAUAUUCAUUAGCACCUUCAUGAAUAGCUCGUUAGCGUGUGGAUAUAAUAGCGCCGAAAAUCUCGCGCGUCUUCAACGUUGUCUGAAAGGACCCGCGUAUGAAUCUGUCAAAAGUAGAUUGUUGCUUCCUGAAUCAGUGCCGCAUGUAAUUGAUACCCUUCGUUUGUUGUAUGGACGACCUGAAUUGUUAAUCAGUGCUCUACUACAGAAAGUGCGCAGUGUUCCGGCGCCGAAAGCGGAAAGAUUGGAGACAGUCAUCGACUUCGGUAUAGCUGUGCGUAGUCUCUGUGAUCACCUGGAAGCCGCUGGACAACAAGACCACCUAUCCAACCCCACGUUGCUGAUGGAGUUAGUGGGGAAACUGCCUGCGCACACUAAGAUGCAAUGGGCGGAUCAUAUACAGCAGCAUGCGGUGGUCAACCUUAAAGUGUUCGGGGACUUCAUGCUCAGGGUCGUCACUGCCGUUAGCAGAGUAACAAUGUACGUUGGCGAGGACGGCGGCUAUCAGCAGAAGCCUAGGCAGAAGGGAGCUGUGAAUACACACACGAGCGAAGCGGAGUCAUUUCAGGAGACAGUGCGCGAGAAGGAACGGGUGUGUGCGUGCUGCAAGAAACCAGGGCACCGAGUAUCGGCGUGCUCUGCGUUUAAAGCGUAUACCGUAGAUAACCGGUGGAAGUUUGCGCAAAAUAACGGGCUGUGUCGGAGCUGCCUUAAUGCGCAUGGAAGGAGAAGCUGUAGAAACGCAACACGGUGUGUGAUCGAGGGAUGUCAGUAUCGUCAUCAUCCGCUCCUGCAUUCUGAUCGAGUUAAUUCCAUUAGUCGUCCUACCCAAGGAUCGUCUACAGUACAGAAUCACAUGCAUCGGCAAAGCAAGCAGGCUCUUCUAUUCCGUAUUAUACCAGUCGCCAUCUCAGGGCCGCGAGCUACCAUCGAAACUUUCGCUUUUCUGGAUGAUGGCUCGGAUCUAUCGCUGAUCGAGAACGACCUAGUAGAGCAACUGGGAAUCGACGGUAGGACAACACCUUUGUGCCUGAAGUGGACAGGGAACGUCACCCGUGUCGAAUCGGAUUCGAAACAAGUUCGAAUUACGAUCAGAGGAGCUAGCAGCGCAAAACAAUUCACUAUUGAUGAUAUCCGUACUGUAAAGGAGCUUACUUUGCCGGAACAGAGUUUAGAUUGCGGUGAACUGGCGCAACGUUAUCGUUACCUCCAAGGUUUACCGAUUGUCAGUUACGCAAAUGCUGUUCCCCGUCUGUUGAUAGGCGUUAACAACGUGAACCUCACUGUCCCGCUGCAAGUGAAGGAAGGCAAGAAGAGCGAUCCAGUUGCAGUGAAAACCAGACUAGGAUGGUGCAUCUUCGGCGGUAGUGGUAAGGAGGGAACGCAUUCACUGAAUUACCAUGCCUGUAAGUGCGCCAGCGACCAGGACUUACAUAUUGCGGUGAAGGAAUAUUUUUCAAUGGAAGAUGCAGGAAUGAAGCCGUCGAUAGUUCUGGAAUCCGACGAGGACAAGCGGGCUAGGAGCAUCAUGGAGCAGUCGACGAGACGAGUAGGUGACCAGUUCGAAACAGGUCUACUGUGGCGCUACGACGACAUCGAACUUCCGGAUAGCUACAAUAUGGCAUUCAAGAGGUUUGAGUGUCUGGAGCGCAAGAUGAUGAGAGAUCCAGAGCUGGCUGCAAAUCUGAAGAACCAGAUAGCGGAGUACCAGCAGAAAGGAUAUGCGCAUUGUGCUACGAAAGCAGAAUUAGAACGAGCAGACCCAAAACGCGCGUGGUACCUGCCGCUAGGAGCAGUGACAAAUCCCCGGAAACCAGGUAAAGUUCGACUGGUAUGGGACGCAGCAGCAAAGGUGGAUGGAAUAUCUCUGAACUCUAUGCUGCUUAAAGGACCGGAUCAACUUACAUCGCUUCCAGCAGUUCUGUCGCGGUUCCGGCAAUAUAAAGUAGGAGUGUCUGCAGAUAUACGAGAAAUGUUCCACCAGCUGUUGAUCCGCGAGCCGGACCGUCAUUCUCAACGUUUCUUAUUCCGGAAUGACCCAACAAAACCGGUAGAAACCUACAUUAUGGAUGUGGCAACAUUUGGAUCCACGUGUUCACCGGCGUCAGCGCAGUACGUUAAAAAUAAAAACGCGGAAGAAUUCUCAGACCGUUUCCCACGAGCAGUAGAGGGAAUUCUGAAAAGCCACUAUGUGGAUGAUUAUCUCGAUAGCUUCGAGAAUGACGAAGAAGCCGAGCGAGUGUCGCGGGAAAUUGCAACUAUUCACCAGAAAGGAGGAUUUCAUCUUAGGACCUGGGUAUCGAACAGUGCUGGAGUUCUUCGUGGACUGAAAGAGGCGUCCGCUAACCCUAGCAAAAGCCUAUGCUUGAACGCAGCGGACAGAGGCGAUCGCGUGUUGGGCAUGCUCUGGCAGACUUCAGAGGAUGAGUUGCUGUUCUCGAUGGAAAUUAAAGAGGAGAUACAACUGGUGAUAGAUAACGGUAAGCGGCCAACCAAACGCCAGAUGCUAAAAUGCCUAAUGGGCGUAUUCGAUCCACUGGGAUUGCUGAGUGUGUCUCUCGUUCAUGGAAAGAUUCUCCUUCAGGAUGUAUGGCGAGCAGGAUUGCAGUGGAAUGAACAGGUAACUGAAGAAAUAUUCGAUCGUUGGGUCAGGUGGACCGGUCUGUUCCCUAAAAUCAGAGGCCUGCGGAUCCCACGGUGCUACUUCAAGGAAGCGAAUGUGCAGGUGUAUGAUCAUCUUCAAUUGCACGUUUUCGUCGAUGCAACGUACUUCAGAGUGAUCAACACGGAGGGCAAAGCAGAGUGCUCGAUAGUCGCGGCCAAAACGAAGGUUGCACCGCUGAAGCCACUCUCGAUUCCUCGCAUGGAGCUACAAGCAGCAGUUCUGGGCAGCCGUUUAGUGUCGUUUGUUCAGGAGAAUCACAGCGUGAAGGUGAAGCAGCGUUUUCUGUGGAGUGAUUCCGCCACAGUGUUGGCCUGGUUACGCGCCGAUCAUCGUCGGUACACGCAGUACGUAGCAUGCCGAGUAGGGGAGAUAUUGACAACAACAGAUCUCUCAGAAUGGCACUGGGUCCCCAGUAAGCUAAACCCUGCAGAUGCAGCAACAAAGUGGGGUAAGAAUCCGUGUCCGGAAGCAACCGACGAGUGGUUUAAAGGUCCUGAAUUUCUUCGGCUUGCCGAGGAGAAUUGGCCGAAGCAACCGAAACCUUCAAAGGUGCCUGAAGAGGAACUGAGACCCUGCUUCCUGAUCCAGGGGUCAACUAUUCCGGAGGUUGUGAUAGAUUUUUCUAGAUUCUCUAGGUGUAGAUGUCGAGGAGAGACGCCGGAAUUGCUGCAUCUUACUCAAGAGGAACUGAAGAAGGCGAAGAACACGCUUGUGUGGAUUGCGCAAUGGCAGGAGUACCCAGAUGAGAUGGUUGCAGUUUCGAGAGGACAAGCAGAAUUACCUAAAUCGAGCAGUUUGUAUCAGUUGACACCAACAGUCGAUGAGUGUGGCGUGCUACGCGUCGGUGGAAGAAUUGGAGCUGCGCCGCAUACAUCAUUUGAUGCUAGGUUCCCGGUGAUUCUCCCAAGAAAACAUCCGGUGACGACGCUAAUUGUAGAUGAUUUCCAUCGUACCUUUCGUCAUGGUAAUUCUGAAACGGUAGUGAACGAGAUUCGGCAGUUCUACAGCAUCUUCCAACUAAGGAGAGUGGUGAAGCAAGCUGCGACCGUCUGUCAGUGGUGCAAAGUGAAGAAGGCGACUCCGAAGGUUCCGCGAAUGGCGCCGCUGCCUUUGGCCCGCUUGUCCUCGUUUACUCGACCAUUCACCUACACCGGUAUUGAUUUUUUCAGACCGUUGCUGGUGAAAGUAGGAAGGAGCUCGGUUAAACGCUGGAUCUGUCUGUUCACCUGUCUAACCACCCGUGCUGUCCAUGUGGAAGUUGCACACAGUCUUUCCACACCGUCCUGUAUCAAAUGCAUCCGUCGCUUCAUCUGUCGCCGAGGAGCGCCGGUGGAAAUCUACUCCGACAACGGUACCAACUUCCAAGGUGCCGAACGACUGCUGCGGAAAGAACUCGAGAACGUACAUGGAGAAUUAGCAGCAACGUUCACAAACGCAUCUACCAAAUGGGUCUUUAUCCCACCAGCUGCACCUCAUAUGGGAGGAGCGUGGGAGAGAAUGGUGCGAUCCAUAAAGUCAGCCAUGGAAGCAGCCUACAACAACGACCGGAAACUGGACGACGAAGGGCUGGUGACGCUAGCCGUGGAAGCCGAGGGUAUAGUGAACAGCCGGCCACUUACCUACCUACCCCUAGAUGCUGCUGAAGUAGAAGCCCUGACUCCUAACCAUUUCCUGUUGGGAAGUUCCACUGGUGUUCGUCAGCCUGCAGUACCGUUCAGUGAUCCUGUCUCUGCCGUAAAGAAUUCUUGGAACCAAAUACAACGUCAGCUGGACGUCUUCUGGAAGCGCUGGAUACGGGAGUAUCUUCCGAUGCUGACUAAGCGAAUGAAGUGGUUCGGAGAAGUGAAACCAGUGGCUGUCGGAGACUUGGUCCUCAUAGCAGACGAGGUCCGAAGGAAUGGCUGGACGCGCGGGAAAAUCAAAGAUGUCGUGAUAGCGGAAGACGGACGAGUUCGACAAGCGAUAGUUCAGACUGCGAGGGGGAUAUUGCGUAGACCGGUAUCGAAGUUAGCCGUGUUGGAGGUUGAGUUGGAUGGUAAAACUGGGACCAGUGGCCAGUGUUACGGGGGGGAGAAUGUUACUGCCAACACUGCUCUUGGUGGUGUAACUGUUGCUGAACAGUACUGUCAUACGGUUGAAACGUCAUCCGUGGACAAUGACGUGACCCGACGGCGGGAGGAGAGCUGUCAUUCUCAAAAAAGCGCUGAGUCAGCUAGUACGGACGAAAUCCACGUUGACUUUAAAGCGAUUGUGGUUCGAGACCGAAAAUUGUAG